CAGUUAAAAGAGCGGCAACUUUAAAAAUAAUAUGUUAAAUUUAAAUGUGGGUAUUUUAGGACAUGUCGAUUCUGGUAAAACAUCUUUAGCAAAAGUUUUAAGUCAUGUUGCAAGCACAGCAGCUUUUGAUAAAAAUCCUCAAUCACAAGAGAGAGGUAUCACAUUGGAUUUGGGAUUUAGUUCAUUCAGUAUUCCUAUGCCUGAUCAUUUAAAAUUGCUUACAAAUUCUGAUGUGCUACAAUUUACACUUGUUGAUUGUCCAGGACAUGCCAGUUUGAUUAAAACUAUUAUCGGUGGUGCUCAAAUUAUUGAUUUUAUGAUUUUGGUGAUUGAUGCCGUUAAAGGAAUCCAAACUCAGACAGCAGAAUGUAUUGUAAUCGGAGAAUUAACUUGUGAUAAAAUGAUGGUUGUGCUUAACAAAAUUGAUAUGAUUGAUGAAGCAAAAAGAACAACAGCUUUGGAAAAGAUUAAGAAAAAAAUCUACAGCACUUUACAACAGACAAAAUUUAAAAAUGCACCAAUUGUCGAUGUAGCUGUACAACCUAGUGCAAAUGUAAAUUUAAAACCAAUUGGUCUUGAUAAACUCAUUGAAACGCUAUCAAAUUUUUCUUUCGUUCCUUCUAGAAAUAAAGACGAACCAUUUUUGUUUGCUGUGGAUCAUUGUUUUGGCAUAAAAGGUCAAGGAACUGUCAUGACUGGAACCGUUUUACAAGGAAAAGUUGCUAUCAAUGAUAUUAUUGAAGUCCCGCAUUUACAAAUAACAAGAAAAGUGAAAUCACUGCAAAUGUUCAAACGACCUAUUCAAACCGCAAUACAAGGAGAUCGUCUUGGAAUAUGUGUCACACAAUUUGACUCCAGUAAAAUGGAACGUAGUAUAAUUUCGAGUCCAAAACUUCUAAGUCUUGCUUAUUGUUGUCUAAUUCAAAUGAAUCGAAUAAAGUAUUUUAAAUCCAAAAUAAAAUCAAAAUCCAAUUUUCAUAUUACAAUUGGGCAUGAUACGGUAAUGGCUACAAUUACCUUAUUUAGUUCCCACGAAUCUCAAACAUUCAAUUUUGCAAAUGAAUACCAAUAUGAAGAGGAAUUUGAGCAAGAAGAACCUGAAAAACUUAAAUAUUAUUUUGCUCUUUUAGAAUUCAAACAUCCAGUUUAUGUGUUAUCCAAAACUUUACUUAUUGGAUCCAAAUUAGAUAUGGAUAUACAUGGAAAUGCAUGUAGAUUAGCUUUUUGGGGAAAUUUACUAGAAUUUUCGGAUAAUAAGGAUUAUAAAGCAGAGUUUUUCCCUAAAUUAAAGAUAUUUAAAACUAAAAAGAAGGUGGGUGCCAUAGAUAGAUUUAUUAAUAAAAAAGAAAUUAUUGUAAAAAAUUUAUUUAAUAAAAAUUCAAACGUUUCAAAUUUUCUUGGAUUAAAUAUAAUGUUAAGUACAGGGGAAUUAGGAAAAAUUGAAUCGAUAUUUGGACAAUCAACCAAUGGUAAAGUUAAAGUAACAUUUUCUGAUGACUUAAAGGAAGAUACUUGUUUACGUUUAAGUAAAAAUAAAGGUCGUAUAGUUGAGACAGAAAAAAAUAUAAAUGUUUUAUUAGAAUUUAAAAAGUAUAUUUUUGAUUCUACAAACAAAAUUAUUCAAUAG